CAAGGGUCGAGGUCAAAAUAUUGCUAGACAAAACUCAUCAAUCAAUCUUGCUACACACAUAAAUUAGGCAUUUUUGACACUAUAUCAAAUAUGAAAUUACCAAAAUAUUUAUAUUUCUAAUAUUAAUUAAUUACUAUACAUUAUGUAACGAUGAAAAUAAGUGAAUAAAGAUUGUUGAUCGAUUACACAUGUCUAAACAAAUUCAAUAUGGCGGCCCACAGAGCAAAAUUGAUGAGAUGUGAGGAGCUGCUGUCGAAAGACAAGAUCCCUUUUAAAGAUCUUAGGGAACUCUGUUUUCAAGGAUGUCCUCAUGAGUCUGGAAUAAGAGCAAAAUGUUGGAAGCUACUUUUGAACUACCUCCCACUCAGACCAGCUGAUUGGCCUGACCACCUCAAAAAGCAAAGGGCAGCCUACAUGCACUUUAUAGAUGAGAUUAUCAUACAACCAGGUACUGAUAGGGCAGGCCAAGGAAACUCUGAUGUCACAUUUGAAGACCAUCCAUUAAACCCAAAUCCAGAAAGCCAGUGGAAUACAUACUUUAAAGAUAAUGAUAUGCUGUUACAAAUUGAUAAGGACUGCAGGCGGUUGUGUCCAGAUCUUGCCUUUUUCCAAAAUGCUACCAGCUAUCCAUGCCUUGAGCUUGUAACCAAUGAAACUGAAAUUGAAACAUUACGGAAGAGAGUUGAGUACCAAGUCCUAAAGUCUGAGACUGUUCAGAGGAAUAGGAGCGGCAUAACAAAUAUGAUUGCUAGAAAGCGGGCAAAGAGUAUGAAUGCCGAGUACUACACACUUAGCGAGGGGCAGGAGGCUCACUGGGAGGUAGUGGAGAGAAUACUUUUUAUAUAUGGUAAACUUAACCCAGGCCAGGGAUAUGUGCAGGGCAUGAAUGAGAUUAUUGGACCAAUUUACUACACAUUUGCAUCAGACCCCAGCAAAGAAGGGCAAGAGAAUGCUGAGGCUGAUACAUUCUACUGUUUCACGAACAUUAUGUCUGAUAUAAGAGACAACUUCAUCAAGAGUCUAGAUGACUCUGAAUGUGGUAUAGGUGCCUUAAUGCAGAGACUCAUGGAAAUCCUUAAGAAGAAGGACCUGGCGCUGUGGGUGAGACUGGACCAACAAGAGAUCAAGCCCCAGUUCUUUGCAUUCAGAUGGAUAACACUGCUACUCUCACAGGAGUUCUCACUCCCCGAUGUUCAACGGAUCUGGGACUCACUUUUCUCUGCUGAAGACCGUAAUGAAUUUCUGCUACUUAUAUGCUGUGCAAUGCUCAUACUUCUCCGAAAUGAUAUUCUUAACAAUGACUUUUCAACAAACAUGAAGCUAGUUCAAGUAAUAACUAAAUACAGAUCUCCAGUACACGGGGAUGUCAUACAGCUACCAUAUACUGAACAACUGCAACAAAACCCAGUGAUCUACUUUCAUUUACUGAGCAAUAGAUGUGAACUUGUCUACAAAUUCAGCUAUUUACGCUCAAAAGGUUUUCAGAUUGAACAUUAAUAUAUCUGCAAUCAAAAUUAAAAUAUGAAUUACAGUGGAAGUCCUGUCCUCUUCCAGACAGUCACCUAGAAAUCACCAGAACCUUUUUUAGAUAAGGAAUCUCUUA